AUGGCGUCCGGGACGAAAUCUAACGAGCAGCUGCUGGUCCCAUGGAUCUACGACACCUUGCUCGCUAUUUUCCGCUUCUGUCUGAAUAUCUUCUUCCGAGAAGUAUAUGCGCCUGGAGCAUGGCGCAUCCCGAAAAAAGGCCCUGUGAUCAUAGUGGCAGCUCCGCACGCCAACCAAUUCGUCGAUUCGAUUCUUUUGAUGCGCAUCCUCAAGCGAUACGCGGGACGGAGAAUAUCUUUCUUGAUUGCAGAAAAGUCAAUGAGAGAACCGUAUAUUGGCACCAUGGCUGCACAAAUGGGUGCACUUCCGGUCACACGUGCAAUGGAUAAUAUCAAACCCGGAGUGGGAACCAUCUAUUUACCCCAUCCUGAGAGCGAUCCGACUCUGGUGUGUGGAACAGGCACCAACUUCACCAAUCCGAUGUUUAUGGAACGCGGCACUAUCGUCUUGCCUAAAGUCGGUCAAGACGCCCCCGAGCAGCAGGUUAUUGCCGAGAUUAUUGGACCUGAAGAGCUACGUCUCAAAGCACCAUUUAAGAAGUUCGCUCGUGACCACCCUUUGUUUGAAAGUCUCCGUACGGGAACCUCGUUCAAGGUUGCUCCUCACGUCGACCAGAGUCAGAUGUUUGAUGCAGUAUACCGAGGACUAGAGUCGGGUGGCUGUAUUGGAAUCUUUCCCGAAGGUGGAAGUCAUGACCGUCCGCGUUUGCUACCACUAAAGGCUGGAGUUGCUAUCAUUGCUCUUGGGACACUGGCCCGCUCUCCAGACUGUGGUUUGACUAUUAUACCUUGUGGAAUGAACUACUUUCACCCAAACAAGUUUCGUUCUCGUGCCGUCAUAGAGUUUGGCCCACCCGUCGAAGUUCAUCCAGACCAGGUAGCCGCUUUCAAGACCGGUGGGAAUUCCAAGAGAAAUGCAGUUGGCUCCCUUCUGGAGACAAUCCAGGAGGCGCUUGAUUCCGUUACCCAGCAAGCUCCCGAUCGAGAGGCACUGAUGCUUAUUCAAGCCACCAGAAAGCUAUAUAAACCCUUACGAAUGAAGUUACCCCUUCCUGUCGUCAUUGAACUGAACAGGCGGCUCUUGAAAGGAUAUACUACGUUUCGACACGAACCCAAGGUCAUGCAAUUGGCGAAAGCUGUGCGAGCCUACAAUCGCCAGCUCAAGGCUCUGGGUGUUCAAGACCACCAGGUUGAAUGGGGUAAUGUGCGACGUCGCCCAUGGUGGCUUGUUUUCCUGACGCUACUCUACCGUAUUGGUGAGCUUCUAAUGAUGGGUUUGGCAACCCUACCAGCUCUGGCAUUGUUUUGGCCAGUUUUCGUCACUUCAAGAGUUAUAUCGCACUCAAAACAACGCAAAGCCCUUGCCAAUUCAUCCGUCAAGAUGGAUGGACGCGAUGUUGUCGGAAGUUGGAAGAUUCUCGUUGCAAUGGGAUUCGCUCCUACCUUGUAUACGUGGUACACCGUGAUCGUUACCGGCUGGUUAUACUAUUGUCGACACGAUGGACAUUACUCGUCUGCUGUGCCGUGGUGGGUGAAUGCUCGAUCAUACAUUCCAGACAGCAUUCCACUGCGUCUUUUCGCUUUCUUUUUCUUCUGCCUCAUGAUAUCAGUCAGCUUUACGGGUCUUCGAAUUGGGGAAAUUGGCAUGGACGUCUUCAAGUCUUUGCCGCCUUUGUUCAUUGCGCUGAACCCGAGCUCCUCAUCAGCACUCAUCAAGCUACGCAACCAACGUCGGGCCGUCGUAGCUCAAGUCGUGAACGUCAUCAACACCUUCGGUCCCGAGAUCUUUCCCGACUUUGAGUACGAGAAACUUGUCGACGAUAAUUACGACUACGAUGGCGACAUGGGCGGUGAUAUGGACUUUGCAACCUACAAGUCCCGCCUCAAGAGCAUGCCGCCCAGUGAACCGCAAACUCCGAACCGUAGCCGCAGCCGCAGCCGAAGUAGCGGCAGAAGGCUUUCCGAUUCCUGGCAGGGAUUUAGCAGCGGAAACUUCCUUAAGCCAUUGACGUCUGGAGUUUCUGGGCCGUCGAAAGAUGAACUUAGGGAGCUGAACAGACGUAUUGGGACUUUCUCAGAGACUGAGCAGGAGAGAGAAGCCGGCCGCCGUUAG